AGCAGUUAAGUAUAGGGAGUGGACGGCUGCGCCUCUGAGCGCCUCGGCUUUGCCACCCUCGGGUUCUGACCUAAGCUGGCAGCCCGUCUGACUCUAUUUAAUCGUUGCCCUGGCAUCCACCACUUCCGGGAGCGAGUGCAGUUUCCCCCCAGCUCCGCGGGUGCCGGAGCUCCAGGGUUCCGGCCUGCGGGCGGCAGUUGGUCGGGCGCUGUGUUCGCGGCUGGAGCUGGCCGCGGCCGAUUCUGCAGGCCUCGCGUCGCGACCCUUUCGGACGCCUGGACCCGGCCUCCGGAGCCGCCAUGGUUCUGCUACACGUGAAGCGGGGCGACGAGAGCCAGUUCCUGCUGCAGGCGCCGGGCGGCACCGAGCUGGAGGAGCUCACGGUGCAGGUGACCCGGCUGUACAACGGGCGGCUCAAGGUGCAGCGGCUGUGCUCAGAAAUGGAAGAAUUAGCAGAGCACGGCAUCUUUCUCCCUCCUAAUAUGCAAGGACUGACUGAGGAGCAGAUAGAGGAGCUGAAAUUGAAAGACGAAUGGGGUGAAAGAUGCAUGCCCAGUGGGGGCGCAGUAUUUACAAAGGAUGACAUUGGACGAAGGAAUGGGCAAGCUCCAAAUGAAAAAAUGAAGCAAGUUAUAAAGAAGACUAUAGAAGAAGCCAAAGCAAUAAUAUCUAAGAAACAAGUGGAAGCCGGUGUCUGUGUUACCAUGGAGAUGGUGAAAGAUGCCUUGGACCAGCUUCGAGGGGCAGUGAUGAUUGUUUAUCCCAUGGGGUUGCCACCAUAUGAUCCCAUCCGGAUGGAAUUUGAAGAUAAAGAAGAUCUGUCAGGAACUCAGGCAGGACUCAGCGUCAUUAAAGAAUCAGAGGCACAGCUGUGGUGGGCAGCCAAGGAGCUGAGAAGAACAAAGAAGCUUUCAGACUAUGUGGGGAAAAAUGAAAAAACGAAAAUUAUCGUCAAGAUUCAGCAACGGGGACAGGGAGCACCGGCCCGGGAACCUAUCAUCAGCAGCGAGGACCAGAAGCAGCUGAUGCUGUAUUUUCACAGGAGACAGGAGGAGCUCAAGAAAUUGGAAGAAAAUGACGAUGACUCCUGUCUAAAUUCUCCGUGGGCCGACAACACUGCUUUGAAGCGGCAUUUUCACGGGGUAAAAGACAUAAAGUGGAGACCAAGAUGAACCGGCUGACGAAGAUUUCAAAACUCCUAGGACACUUUCCUUAUACGCAACAUAGUUAAAAUAAUAAAAAGGACACCCAGCACCCUCUAUAAGAGGUGUGGAAAUUUCUAUUUUCCUAGUUUUUUUUUUGGUUUGAUUUUUUAAAAUAAUAGUUAUUCACUGUUUUAGAAUUUAAUAAUAUCCUCCAAAGAAAAUGCCCAAACUAUUUUUGUUUUAGGAUGGCUGUGUAGUGUCUCAAGGUUUUCUUUGAUAAAACAUUAAAGAUUAAUUCCAACCA